UAUUCGGCGGUGCACAUCGAUAUGGCUGCGCUGGUAGUGAGAAGCGUUCGGGACGUGCUGAAGCGUGCACACUUCGCGACCAUCCCGCGGAGACAUCGCCAUAAGAAGAAAUGGGUAAGGUCCGGCCGGUGGCCCAGGAGGGAAGAGCGACAGCGGCCUGUUGCCGCCGCCCCUCGGGAAACUUCUCCAACCCCGCCACUUGCCACCCCUCUCGGGCUGCCACAGAGCCCAAGUUUCCUGCCACUCAACUGGCUCUGCAGAAUUUUGACAUGACCUACAGUGUGCAAUUUGGUGAUCUUUGGCCGUCCAUCCGGGUCAGUCUCCUUUCAGAGCAGAAGUAUGGUGCGCUGGUCAAUAACUUUGCUGCCUGGGAUCAUGUGAGAGGUGAGCUGGAGCAACUGAGGGCCAGGGACUUUGUGAAGGACGCCUUCUCCCACGGGGAACUGGAGCCCGAGGGUGGCCAAACUCCAGCUCCAACUCCAGCUUCCGGGGCCUACAGCCCGAACCUUCGAUGCUUCACUUUUGCCAGAGGGGAUGUCAGUCGGUUCCCUCCUGCCAGGCUUGGCAGCCUGGGUGUCAUGGACUACUACCUGAUGGAUGCUGCUUCGUUGCUGCCUGUCCUGGCCCUUGGCCUGCAGCCUGGCGACACUGUGCUUGACUUGUGUGCAGCGCCCGGGGGAAAGACACUAGCGCUGCUUCAGACUGGCUGUUGCCGCAAUCUCGCUGCCAAUGAUCUGUCCACUUCUCGAACAGGCAGACUACAGAGGGUCCUUCACAGCUAUGUGCCUCAAGAUAUCAGGGAUAGAAAUCGAGUUCGAGUCACCUCAUGGGAUGGCAGGAAGUGGGGAGAACUGGAGGGGGACACCUAUGACCGGGUGCUGGUGGAUGUACCCUGUACCACUGACCGCCACUCCCUUCAUGAGGAGGAGAACAACGUCUUUCAGCGGUCGAGGAAGAAGGAGCGGCAGAUGUUGCCUAUGCUUCAGAUGCAGCUGCUCGCGGCUGGACUUCUUGCCACCAAACCAGGAGGGCAUGUUGUCUAUUCCACCUGCUCACUCUCACACUUACAGAACGAGUACGUGGUGCAAGGCACUAUCGAGUUCCUGGCCAAUCAAUACAGCAUCAAGGUUCAGGUGGAAGACCUGAGUCACUUCCGAAAGCUUUUCAUGGACACAUUUUCUUUCUUCCCAUCCUGCCUGGUUGGGGAGCUGGUAAUCCCAAACCUCUUGGCCAAUUUUGGGCCUAUGUACUUUUGCAAAAUGUGUAGACUGACAUAGCAUCACCCUGUUCCCAAAGUCCUGCUGUCGGAGAGUCAAGGGUAUACUCCCAUAGAGGCUCCAGAAACUGAGACCAGUGGCAAAAAUGCACUGUGGGUCUUAUCUCCGUCCCGUUCAAGUCUUUCUAUAGACAGUUUUCAGCGUCAGAAAGUAGAGGAGUUUUUCUGUCCUGCUGUCCAAUUGUGGAGCAUCAGCAGGUUUCUAACUCACUUAUUAUGCCCCCUCCCCCCAUUUCUAAGCCUGUGCUAAAGGUUCCUGUGCUAAAGGUUCCUGCCCCAUUAAGAGCUUAGAGGGAGGAGCCAGUGAGCAGGCCCACACUUUAAGCUGUAAACUCAGGAAGAAGCAUUUAGCCAAUAAAACUGUUGAAGCUCCAUACAGCUGGGGCUGUAGUUGGGUCCUCCUGUCAGUCCAAGUUCUCUUAGUGCCAUUUGUACCAGCUGCUAGUAUUGAGCACCAGCUCCGAGGACCCCAGCGCCCAGGACCCCAACGCCCAGGAACUCAGCCUGGUGGCAGACCUCUGGUUACUGAGCACCUCUCACGCUUGAAGUGAGUUCUAGUGUGAUCAGUCUUCAGCAGCCGAUGGGCUCAAACAAGCCUCCGUAGUUCCUUCAGACAGCCCACGAUCUAAUUUAAGGAACAAGCAACUAACAACAUUAAGCCACUCAGGAUAAUCUGCUUACUUGCACGGAGAAAGCUCUCCCGAGCUGCAUCCUUGCAGCGGUUCCUCCUGCUGUCCGUAGCACUGCUGCGCCGUGUGGCUGGGGACACUGCCGCCGCCACAGGGCUGUGAUCCUCUCCUAUGUGUUUCUGCCGUUGUUCAUUCAUGUAGCAAGUGUUCCUGGAACUCCUGUAUGCCGGUAGCCAGGGAGCUGUUGGAGGUGUGGCGGCAAUUGGGACAGUGGGGGAUGAGACUCCUCAUCCCCCUUCAUGGCAGCUCUCCUCCUUUUACUUUCUGAGCACCUAGGCAUCUCCUGAUCUCUUUUUCUGUUGUAUUAUGCUUUUUGUUUUGUUUUUCUUGUUCCUGGUCUGGCUGAGCUCUGGUUCCAAUUGUUUGGUCCAGCCCCAAAUCCCUCAGAGCUCUUCCCCAGCAGCACAGGGCCUCCCCUCCCUGAAGGUGUGAAGUUUGGGGCAAUAUUACAUCAUUGCAGACUACAUGCUAAUUAUGUUGUCUUUGUAAUUCUAACAUAAAGAAGGUAAUCCCAUAAUGGCAGGGAUAUUAAAAAUUGCUUAUGGUCACUUGCAAAAUAUUGCUUUUUUUAAUUAAAAAAUUUUUUUUUCUGAAAAACCGGUCCUUGUGCAGAAAAGGGAGCAUAAUUUUAGAAUACUCGUGUUCUUGGUUCUUCCCACUUUCUUUAUCCCUCCUCUUCCUGUCACUCAUUUUGUUCUUCAUGCCUUUCCUGCUAAUCCUUGUUUUAGAGGUGUCAGCUGAGAAGGAUUUUGGAUAAGGUUAAGCCUUCUCUUUUCUUCGGAUUUGCAUUAUAACUGAGGGCCCUGGAAGAUUUUUCAGACUCAAAGUUGAGUGAAGCUAGGAAGAUAGAGCUCCAGGGAGUAGGACUUUAAUUAGCCUCCAUGUGGGUAUGUGGCCCCUGCCUACUGUUUACCUCAGUAUUGACUGAGGCUAGGAAGCCUUACGUGCCCGAGUUUCUGCCGUUGGCCUCCUGGGUAUCCAGCCUGGUACUAACUGAAUGCUAAGCCGUGCUAAUUCAAGAUUGGGUCUCCUGCCCCUGGGGUCCCAGUCUGACUGGGGACAGACUGACUCAGGUUGGAAAAGCAAAGAACUACUUUGGAAAAACGUUUGAUUAUCUCCUGUAAUUGAACAUUUACCUAUCCUAUGGCCCAGUUAUUCCAAUACUAGGGAUAAAUCCAGGAGAAACUCAUACACGUACACCAGAAGAUUUGUACAAGAAUGUUUAUAGCAAUCGCCAAAGGAAACACAAAUGCCCACGAGCAGCGGAGUGGACAAAUAAACGAGUAUUCACACAAUGGAGUAUUAUAUGGCUGUCAAAUGAACCACAGUGACACAAAACAAUAUGGAUGAAUCUUUAUAAUAAAAUAUUAAAUGAAAAAAGUUCAGUCCCAAAAGAUUAAAUGUAGCAUGAUGCCCUUAAAAAAAGAAGGAAAACUUAUAAAAAUUUGUUAUUAUUUACAUACAAUAUAAUUGAUCAAUUUUAAAUGUACUGUUUAAUGAAUUUUGAUAAUUAUAUGUAAUAAUAUAAUCACCAUCACCAUCAAAAUAUAGAAAAUAAUUCUAACUUCUUUUUUUUUUUUUUUUAAGAUUUUAUUUAUU